GUCCACGACCCUGUAUUUGGCUCUAUCGUGAAACCUUUACAUAUAUAGUCGCUCUUUCCAUACGGCCCUGACUUCUGAUCUAAUAACGGCAACCGCUGCCAGGUCCAACUGCCCCUCCCCCGCGUGCUGGAUCGCUUCCUUAUAAGCAACAGACAGCCACGGCCUUUACCCAGGCCUGUGCAACGCUCAUUAACUUGGAGCACCCCUCUAAUCUUUACGAAGAGCUUGAUAUUACUAAAAAGGAGAAGCACUUCUCAGUACAACAUGUUCGCGUCAAAGCGGUUAGGCAAGGAGCUAUCGAAGGUACAAUUAUUCUCCCGUUCAUUGCAUCCCGACUUCCACCAUCCCAGUCCUUUCUCGAGAGGCGUCGCAGUCGAUAACCUAGAGAAGCAGACAACGACAUGUGUUGAUGGGAGAUUCUGGCUGAUGUUAGCAAUAGAUGCACGAGAAGCUACCGCCAGGCAUAACGCUCAUUCAAGCCGAUGACUUCCAAACCUGGCUCAUGGACAUUCAAGUCCUCGACUCCAACCCAAUCUACCAAGGCGAAACCUACAGGCUGAAGUUCUGUUUCAGUCAACAGUACCCCAUCGAAGCUCCCGAAGUAGUAUUCGUGCGCGACGAGACCCACCCCAUCCCCUGGCACCCGCAUAUCUACUCCAAUGGCAUCAUCUGCCUCGACCUGCUCGACCGUGCAGGUUGGUCUCCGGUUCACAACGUGGAGAGUGUAUGUGUGAGCAUACAGAGUAUGCUUACAAGCAAUACCAAGAAGGAAAGGCCAACAGGCGAUGAAAACUUUGUAAGGUACAAUACGCAGAGGCCGAGGGAUAUCAGCUUCGUCUUCCAUGACGAGAAGGUGUGAAGAUUCUAUCUUAUCUUUAAGGAGGCUUGAGUGAUGGCAUCGUGAUUUGACAUAAAUGGUUUUAUGGCGUUCUAACGUGCAUUACGAUUCCGGUGGAAAGAGUUUGGCGUUCAGGCAUGCGCGGACAGCAUUAAGACGAGAAAAGAAACGUACCCAAGUGGGCCGUGCUUUUAUUGCACGAUGUAGUUAAGAUAAAUCUGCAAAAAUAAACUAUUUAUUCAAUGCU